GUUGGGCGUUCUCAACAUCAGGACCAGUGCUGGCAAGGGCCUGGAGACCUGCCCGGGAGUCUCGGGGGUGAUUAGAUGCCCGCCUGCCUGGAGGAGGAGCUGGCCCUGAGGCCGAGCCAGGGAGGGCAGCCCCAUCACCUCUCCACGCCUCACCCCCGCAGACACAGCUGCCUCAGCAGAAGCUGCAGCUGCAGGAGGCGUGCAUGCGCAAGGAGAAGAGCGCGGCCGUUCUGGAACAUCAGCUGACGGAGGUGGAGGAGACGGUGCGUCAGUUCCGGGGGGCUGUCGGGGAGCAGCUGGGCAAGAUGCGGCUGUUCCUGGCUGCACUGGAGGGCUCCUUGGACCGGGAGGCAGAGCGUGUGCGGAGCGAGGCAGGGGUUGCCUUGCGGCGGGAGCUGGGGAGCCUGAACUCUUACCUGGAGCAGCUGCGGCAGAUGGAGAAGGUCCUGGAUGAGGUGGCCGACAAGCCACAGACAGAGUUCCUCAUGAAAUACUGCCUGGUGACCAGCAGGUGAGAUCAACUUGGCCUUGCCCCUUUUCCCAACUUGCCCUAGUCUUCAGGGACACUGGCUGGCUCACCCUCUAAUCACCGCAAGCCUGCACACCCCAUUCCGUCCACUGUGAUCUCCCUGCAUUUGUACUGAGCACAGAAAUGAACGUGACCUGGUCCUUCUCCUCAGGGGCCUCCCAGACUGGUGCUGGGGACGGACCUGGGCGAGGACA